GCUGCAAAUGAGCAUCCGUAUUGGUACGCGUGGGUCAUCAGGAUAUUCCAUGUUAAUGUGCAGCACUUGGGACCGUAUCGAACAUCUGACGAACCCCAGAAACUGGACGUUCUAUGGGUUCGUUGGUAUGGGCGUGACAUUGCAGCACCUGGCAGAUUCGACAAAGAGCAGCUGCAUCGUAUCGGCUUUGUCGACAGUGAUGAUCCAAAUGCCUUUGGAUUUCUCAACCCGGCGGAUGUCAUACGGGGAGCACACCUCAUUCCAGCAUUUGCGCACAGACGCACGCCAGAUUUGCUGCCGCCAUCAAUAUGUGCAAGACAACCUGACGACAAUGAUCUGGAUUAUCAAUUCUACUACGUGAACAUGUUUGUCGACAGAGAUAUGUUCAUGAGAUAUCUCGGAGGUGGUGUGGGACACAAGGGUACA